AGUGGCGCAGGUCUGGGGAGUUUGCCUUCAGCUCUUUGUACCGUAGGUAGGUGUUCGAGAGUAGGGAGGGUUUGGUUCAGCAUUCGUUGCCGGGAGCUGCUUAAGAUCUGGCACCUUUCAAAAUGGCUGGUUCUUUAGCUGGCUCAGCAAGGCGCAUGGCGGCAGCCUUACGCACAACCCCCCUGGCAAGGUCUAUCCAUACUGGCACAACCCCUAAACUAUCGGGCGGAUAUGGACAUGAGAAUGAUUAUAUGCAUGCAAAGCACAUGUACAACAUCACCGAGAUGAAGAACAGGAAGCUGAAAUUCGGCACUGCUAUGGUAGCCUUCUUGACCAUCGGCUAUGGAACUCCAAUUGUAGCUGUGCUAUGGCAACAACAUAAGGCUAGCGGUUAAGAGGCCAUCCAGACAACGGCCUUUGUGGACCGGUCUGCCUACCCGGCAUGACUGAAGUAAAUUGAGAGCUCGGAAGUCUAUUGCUACCUCUGUUCCCAUUGCUCGUCACUUAGUGCAUGGGUGCUUCCAACACUCAGGCGAUGUAUCGGGAGAGGGAGUGCGCCCUGACAGUUUCUACUAUUUGACAAAAGCUCUUGUUUGCAUAGAUUGACAAAAUCCCGCAAUUCUCGGCAUUCGUAUCCCCUUCUCGUCACAAACAACGUGUGCCAAGUUUCUCAUCAAUGCUGACUGUACCGUCCAAACUUGAACCCAACUUCUCUCCUGAUUGCGAUCCUUUGGACAUGUGCUUCUAAGUUCUGCGAUGGAUCAAGUGCAA